AGAGGAGAAACAUUCAGAGCUGCUGAUCAGGAUGUCAGGUAACUGGUCCAUCGUGCAGCUGGCUCCGCCCCCUCCCAACUCCUCCCAGUUCCCCCCUCUCUCAGACUGGGAGGCUCCCAGCUUCACCCGGGCCGCCAUGUUCCGUGUGGGCGCCACGCUGCUCUUCCUGUUCGCCGCCGCCAGUAACCUGGCCCUGCUGGCGAGCGUGUGGUGCGGGCGUGCCCGGCGGCUGGCGUCCCACCUUCGGCCGCUGAUUCUGAGCCUGGCGGCGGCCGACCUGAUUAUGACGUUCGUGGCGAUGCCUCUGGACGCGGCGUGGAACGUGACUGUGCAGUGGUACGCCGGGGACGCGCUCUGCAAGCUGCUCUGCUUUCUGAAGCUGUUCGCCAUGCACGCCUCUGCCUUCAUCCUGGUGGUCAUCAGCCUGGACCGCCAGCACGCCAUCCUGCGCCCGCUGGACGCUCUGAACGCACACCAGAGGAACCGGCGCAUGCUGCUGCUCGCCUGGAGCCUCAGCCUGCUGCUCGCAUCGCCACAGCUGUUCAUCUUCCGGGCCAUCCGGGCCGAGGUCGCCGACUUCAUUCAGUGUGCGACUCACGGCAGCUUCAGCCGCCGCUGGCAGGAAACGGUUUACAACAUGUUCCACUUCAUCACGCUGUAUGUCGUCCCGCUGCUGGUGAUGAGCUGCUGCUACAGCCGCAUCCUGCUGCACAUCCACCUGCAACACCGCAGAAACACAGCAGGUGAGUCCUACCUGAGGCGCAGCGGCACUGACAUCAUCCCGAAGGCUCGGAUGAAGACUCUGAAGAUGACGCUGGUCAUCGUGCUGUCCUUCGUGGUGUGCUGGACGCCGUACUACCUGCUGGGCGUGUGGUACUGGUUCCAGCCUGCCGUGCUGCGCGCCACGCCCGAGUACGUCCACCACUUCCUGUUUGUGUUCGGGAACCUGAACACGUGCUGCGACCCCGUGAUCUACGGCUUCUACACGCCAUCGUUCAGGGCCGACCUGGCCGCCUGCUGCCAGCGCCGCCGCCGCGGGGCGAGACGUGACGCAGCGGCGGCGUCUCCGGACAGAUUGGGUCCUCACAGCGGGGAGCACGAGGCCCAGCACGCCACCAACAACCAGGAAGGAGACUGAUGCUGACCAAUCACAGGAAGGAGACUGAUGCUGACCAAUCACAGGAAGGAGACUAGACCAUGAUAGCCUCAAAACAGCUAUUUUUAAAACACUAAGAAGGCUCGACACAACAUGAGACUUUGCUCCAAGUAUCACCAGGGGCUCUACACAUGAACGAAAGCAUUGACAACAUUGGUUGUGUUCACAGAGUUUACUAAAAAGAGGUUUUGAGUAAAUCACCGUAGCUCUGGUUGUUUCCGGCCGCUACCACCUCGGCAGUCAAAAUGAGUCGAUAUCCGAAUGUGAAUGAACAGA